CGGACGGCAGAAUUGGAAAAAAAAACGCCUGGAAUCGUGAGCAGAGGCAGUAGCUCGGAGUCGGACAUCCUCGACCAUCGCUCCCAUCUCAUCCACACUGCCUGGCGACGCACGGGAAAAGUUUUGGAGGAACAUUUAGUUUGAGGAAUGGGGAGGGUCGGCGCCUUUUUCUUCUCCUUAAGUUUCUUGGAACUCAUUCAUCGAACCAGCGGGGUCCAGAUCCUGUCUUCGAACCAUGACAUCGAAGUGAAUGAGCAUGGCGUGGCGACCCUGAAGUGCAGUUAUGUCCUGGAGAAGCAAGCCCAGCCCCGGCUGGAGUGGAAGAUGAUCAAAGGUCAACAGAUCUCCUUUGUCUACUUCAAUGGAUCUUUCACGGAUAAGUACAAAGAACGGGCGAGGCUAACCAACUACGGCAUCGAGCUGCGCCGUGUGACGCGGGAGGACACUGCCACCUACCGCUGUGAGGUCACCGCCUCCCAGGACCGGAAGGUUUUAGCGGAGGUCUCCAUCAGGCUCAUCGUCCUGGUCCGGCCAGCUGUUCCCACGUGUAAGGUCCCGAGCUCGGCGCUGUCCGGGUCGACGGUCAAGCUCCUCUGCGAGGAGUCCGAAGCCUCCCCGCCCUCCAUGUACAAGUGGUACAAGGACGACAGCGUUCUCCCGGAAACCCCAGCCAGGAAUUCCAAGGACUCCAACACGUCCUACACUCUGAACUCAAAGACGGGGGUGCUGGUGUUUAACCCGGUCAAGAAAAGCAACAGUGGCUCCUACUCCUGCAAUGCCUAUAACAAAGUUGGUCGGUCAGAGAGAUGUUCUGUCAAGUUCAUGCAGAUCAAUGACCUUGACGUCAGCGCAAUUGUCAUCGCUGUGGUGAUUGUGGCCUUUGUGCUGUUACUGUGUGGACUUGGGCUCUGCUACGUCCGGAGAAAGGGCUACUUGGGGAAGAGAAGAUCUACCACGUCGAGUGCUGCCAGUCGCGCCAACGCUCCUCCUCCCCCUGAAGACUUCAAACAUACCAAGUCUUUUGUCAUCUGACAUCUUGCGAAGAAUGGUACAUCCUUGAAGAAUUCCAAACCACUUCUCCAAUCCAUAAAGAAUAUUGCAUUUGGGACAACGGGGUAGAUGUUGACACCACUCCCUCAUUGCUGGCCUCCAGCAUCUCCUUGAAUUCCAUUCCCAUGUUUACUGGCCUUGCCUUCUGCUGUUGGGGCCCAGAUACCCCCUCCCCGUGCCCCCUGGCACCAGUGUAAGCUGUCCUAAUAUUUUGUCUGGUUCACUCACAGUUUCUGUCAGAGCAGGCUCACUUGAUUUACUGUAAGGUGAUGUAUGACUGUUCACGAUAUUAAUGCCAGUCAUCUUAUUUAUAAACUUGAUGAUUGACACCAACAGAAAUUAAAUAUCAGAAGAGAUUUAAUCUUGGCUGGUAACUAGCUUUCAUCCAAUUUUGUCAUUAAGUCACAUGCGAAAACGGGCUCUUUGGCCUAACUCAUCCAUGUGUCGCCCAAAGAGCUAGUCCCAUCUUGCCUGCAUUUGGCCCACAGACAUCUAAACCUAUCCAUGUAAACAGAAAGGAUCUGCCCAGUGCUAUACACUCAUUGGCCAAUUUAUUAGGUACAGGAGUAGAACCCGGUGUGGCCUCCUGCUGUUAUAGCCCUCCCAAUUCAAGGUUUGACAUGUUGUCCCUUCAGAAAUUUAAUUCUACAAACCACUGUUGUAACGUGUGGUUAUUUUACUGUGCCUUCCAGUCAGCUUGAACCAGUCUGGCCAUUCUCCUCUGACCUCUCUCAUUAAUAAGGCAUUUUAUCUCACAGAACUGCCACUCACUGGACGUUUAUUAUUUUUCGCAUCGUUCUAUGUAAGCUCUAUAUACUGUUGUAUGUGAAAAUCCCAGGAGGAGAUGCGGUUUCUGAGAUACUCAAACCACCCCAUCUGGCACCAACAAUCAUUCCAUGAUCAGAGUCACUUGGAUCACAUUUCUUUCCCCAUUCUGAUGUUUGCUCUGAACAACAACUGAACCUCUUGACCAUGUCUGCAUGCUUUUAUGCAUUGAGUUUCUACUACAUAAUUGGCCAUCUUAAUAUUUGCAUCACGAGCCGGUGUACAAGAGUCCUUAAUAAGGUGGCCACUGAGAGUACAAUCCAUCGAUUGGUAAUGAUCAGGAUCCAUUUUUACAGAUAUCCCCAAGUCAAUUUUGACAGCAAAUUAAACAAUACACAAAUAAUAUUUCCAUACCUUCUCAAUGUUGUAAUAAAUUGCAUCCAAAAGCACGUAAGGCUGUUAAGGAAGAACGUUCACUAAAAAAGGUUGUGGGAACAACUGUCUCUACAAGCAUUGUGCUUUUGAAUUUAUAUGUUCAUUUUAUGUCUGUAAGCCAGGUGUUCAUAACCUGGAGUUGACCUGUAGUCACGAGUAGCUUGGAAUAAUCUGAACUCUUCACCAUCAGUGACCUUCAAGUGUCUUAAUUUCUGUUUUGUGUACUUUGUUUUCUUAUAAAACUAUUGGUUCACAAACAAGUUAUGAGUAUCAGAACACCAAUGAACACUAGUUUUUCUAUAACAAUCUUUAGAGAGCUCUAAAUGAGAAAGACUACACUCAGUGACCAUUUUCUUUGUACCUCCUGAGUGUAUGUUCAUGGUCUGCUGUUGCUGUAGCCCAUCCACUUCAAGAUUUGAGUUGUGUGUUCACAGAUGCUCUUCUGCACACCACUGCUGUAAUGUGUGGUUAUUUCAAUUAAGGUUGCCUUCGUGUCAGCUUGAACCAGUGUGGCCAUUUUCCUCUGAUUUUUGUCGUUUAAAAAAAGGUUUUUGUCCACAGAACUGUCACUCACUGGAUUGAUUUUUUUUCUUUUUUUGCUUUUUGUACCAUUCUCCAUUAACUCUAGUGACUGCUAUGCAUUAAUUUCCCAGGAUAGCAGCAGUUUCUGAGUUUCUCAAAUCAACCUGUCUGGUGCCUACAAUCAUUUCAGUCAAAUUCACUUGGAUCACAUUACCCCAUUCUGAUGUUUGUACUGAACAACAAUUGACUAUGCCUGCGUGCAUUUAUGUAUUGAAUUGCUGCCACUUGAUUGACUGAUUUGAUAAUUGCAUUAAGCAGGUGUACCUAAUAAAGUGGCCACAGAGUGUAUGUGGGGUGAAAUGUGAAGUCCUUCACUCUGAAUUUAAAUAACAAAUUUGUUAAUUUUGCACCAUGUAUAGACUGACAAAGCUAUGGAUAAUUUGCACAAAUCACUGAAAGCUAAUUUCCAUGUGCAAAAUCGAACCAAAAAGCCAAUGAAGCAUUGUUAUUUUGUUUUCAAGUGAGGUGUGUGAAUUCAGACAUGUUGCUUUGAUUGGACAGAGCCUGAAACAGAUUCUAUUUUCAGAGUCCAGAUGAAGGGUCUCCACCUAAAAUAGCGACUCCCCAUUUCUCUCCACAGACACUGCUUAGCUUAUUGAGGUCCUUCAGUAGCUUAUUUACACCAUGUAGAAACAGUAUUCAAUUUUGAUGUGACAUAGAAGUAGAAUUGGGCCAUUUGGCCCAUCGGAUCUUCCCAUCAUCAUGGCUGAUUUAUUAUCCCCCUCAACCCCAAACUUUUGCCUUUUCCCUGUAACCUUUGACACCUAACUAAGAACCUGUCAAUCUCCGUGUUAAAUAUACCCAUUUUGGAUGCCAUUGGAUUUGUAAGAAUGACACAAGGCUUAAUUGGUUGCAUAAAUUAUUGCUGAGACUGGAGAAUCUGAGCUUUAAGUAAAGAUUUGGUAGGUUAUGAUUUUAUUGCUUGGAACAUAGAAGAUUGAGGGAGAUUUGAUAGAGGUAUGCAAAAUUAUAAGGGGUAUAGGUAGGGCAAGCAGGCUUUUUCCACUGAGGUUAGGUGAGACUACAACCAGAGGUUCGUGGGUUAGGGGUGAAAGGUGCAGCAUUUAAGGGGAAUGAGGGGUAACUUCUUCACUCAGAGGGCUGUGAGAGUGUGGAAUGAGCUACCAGAGCAAGUGGUGGAUGCAGCUCAAUUUCAAUGUUUAGGAGAAGUUUGGAGAGGUACAUGGAUGGCAGGGGUAUGAAGGGCUUUGGUCUAGGUGCAGAUUGAUGGGAGUAGGCAGUUUAAAUGGUUUGGCAUGAACUAAAUGGGCCAAAGGGCCUGCUUCUGUGCUGUACUUUUCUGUGACUCUAAAUUUAGUUUGCAAUUGCAUUGUAGUUCAAAGAGUGAUAAUCAAAAUGUCAAAAAGGAUGUUAUGGAGAGCUACAAACAAUGUCAUAAUAAUUCUUGGGGCAUUGGAGCCAAAAAUUAAGAACACAGAUGGAUCAUUAAGGAGGGAAGGUAAUUUGCAAAUGGAUGGUGGCAGGAAGCUAGAAUUUACAGGAUGUGAAUUGUGGCUUUGAAGGCAGAAAUUAAUUGGACAAGUUGAGAAAUGGGGCAUGUCAUAUACAAUUGAACAAAUAUAUUUGCAUAUUAUUAUCCAUACCUAGUCAAUUGUACUAUCCAUAUUCCUCCCUUCCAAGACCUUAAGACAUUGGAGCUGGAUUAGGCCAUUCAGCUCCACCAUUCCAUAGUGCCUGAUUUAUUAUCCCUUUCAAUCCCUUUCUCCUAUAAAACUAUACAACAAAGGUGCAGAAUUACAACAUUGAAGCCAGGUUCUUGUAUCUGGACUGACAUCAUAUCGCUCUCAUACUGCCUGUGUAUGGACUGUUAUAUGUUCCAUUCUCCCACCUGACCAACAGUUACAUCUUGCAGUUCUUAAUUUUAUACUGUACAUCAAAUGUCCAAGGCUGCUAUAAAUUGUACAAAUGUGGUUUAUAAUUGACCGUAAACUACAUGUGAGAUUAAAGGCAGGAGUAUCUUGUGUUGGGUCCACCCCAACAGUGUCAUUGUUGUGGAAUCCUGAUGUCCCAUCUGUAUUCGAGAAACUUUCAGUAUUUGCAGUGGCCCGAGUGAGAAACAGAACAAUAUUCCAAGAAAAAAUCUCUACAGAAUCAGUAUUAGCAGGGAACCUCAGAAAUAGCAGUAUUCCAGGGAAGAACCCUAGAAUAUAACAUUUCUAGAGAGGUUCUGGAAAUUAACAAGGAAAAUCCCUCAUAAGUAUUAUUUGCAUGCAGGCCCCCAGGAUUAAGAAUAUUUGGUUAUUAUGUCCACAUGAGCUCAGAUAGACAGAAAUGUAUACAAGAUUGUCAGAAUUUGCAGAGGUAUCCACACAGCAAACUUCAGAUGUUUGCUACUGAUAUGUUUCUUAUACAAGUCCUUCAAAAAAAAUGCCUAUCAGUUUUCACUUAAUGCAGGUGUGCCUUGUAUAUUUUCAACACUUUUUCUCAGUUUAUUAACUUGAAAUUAUUUGAGUGCAAGCACUUUUAUGUUUUGGGGGUAUGUAACUUGAAAAUGAGAUAAAUUAUGUUGCUGUGCCUAAUAUCCAACAAUUAAAAAAAUAAGCACACUGUGCAAUUUUAACUUGAUGUCUAUCUGCUAAUGACAUAACUCUUGACUUUUUUUGAACCUACUGUACCCUUAGCCACUUGUUUUUCUCUUUAACACAAAUUAAACUCUACGUGGAACUUCCA